CACAUAUCAGCAAAUAUCAGCCGUCAAAUGCAUGUUGAUAAACACCAAAAACCCUAAACACCCUCCUUUCUCAUCCCUCAACAAGCAAGCCUGAAGCGGGCCGAGCAUUUCCCGGCGUGCACGCUCGCCGGAGUUAACUCGCCGAUUUGCGAAGAUGUAUUCGUCAUACACGAAAAUCCGCAAGGAUGAGAAGGCUGAACCUACUGAAUUUGAGGAGUCUGUUGCACAGGCUUUGUUUGAUUUGGAAAACACAAAUCAAGAGCUCAAGAGUGAUUUGAAGGACCUGUACAUCAAUUCUGCCUUACAAAUUGAUGUCUCCGGAAACCGGAAAGCUGUGGUCGUAAGCGUUCCCUAUAGAUUGAGAAAUUCUUUCCGCAAAAUUCAUCUCCGGCUUGUGAGAGAACUUGAGAAGAAGUUCAGUGGAAAGGAUGUGAUUGUGAUUGCUACCAGAAGGGUUGUGAGGCCGCCAAAGAAAGGUUCUGCUGUUCAACGACCACGCAGCAGGACGCUCACUGCUGUGCAUGAGGCACUUCUGGAGGACGUUGUUGUCCCGGCUGAAAUUGUUGGGAAGCGUGUCAAACACCGAAUUGAUGGAUCGAAGAUAUUGAAGGUACUGUUGGAUCCAAAGCAGAAGAAUGACACGGAGUACAAGCUGGAGACAUUUUCUGCUGUAUACCGUAAGCUUUCGGGGAAAGAUGUUGUCUUUGAGUACCCCAUUACAAGCGAGGCUUAGAUUUGUUCUGCCCAUAUAUAUGGCAUUCUGACAGAAGCAAACCAGAUGUUGACUUCUUUUGAGGAAAAAAUUGCCUUAGUAGUUUUCAUUUUUCUAAAAAAUGUCAAGUGCACUUAGGUCUUUUUUUUUUUUGAGAACUUAUUUGUUUAAUUUGUCCUGAUAUUGGAUAUCAAUUACGAGUAUUCUCAUUUGCUGUGUUGGGGUAUUUACCUGGUACUCCGUACUUUUGUGCGGGUUAUAUAUGUAUCAUAUAUACGAGGAGAUUUAAUGUUAUGGAGUACAAUAUUUUUCAAACCGAAUACAUUUUUUGUAACGAU